CAGGUCCCUUGUUCAACUCCAGGGCUGAGGAAGCGGUUCCUUGGUUUUUGUGUGGUUAGCUGGACCUGGGAUGGCUUCAUGGAACUCACCCCGUGGUAUGCACCAAUAAGAGCUUCCAUACAGGACUCAAAGCUGUUUUGAAAAAUGUAAUGGGCUGGGAGACAAGAAAAAAAAAGUCAGCACUAAAAAUGCUGGCCUUGGCUUUUGCAAAGAAAAGGGAUCUUGUGCUCUCCACUCCUACCCACAGCCUGGCCAGGGAAAUAGCUGCAUUUGGCACAUGAGCCCGCAAGCCUCAGCAAGUGUCCUGGCCAAGAAGUGCCCGUCACCAUGCACAGGUCCCCCGAGGAGCAGGUGCUGAGGUUUCCUCCUUGCUCUCCAUCACCAGAGCCUGUUGGCUUGCUGAACUGGGCCUUGUAACCAGAAUCCCUGCCGCCUUGCCCAGGCAGAUGCCCUCGCUGUGGCCCUAGAGUUUUCCCUCUUGCCUUCCAGAGAGUGUCAAGAGGGGCUUUUUUCAGAGUAUUCAUUGCGGAGCCUCACAGAGUUGGGACCAGUGAGACUUCUUAAAAAGCAUCCUUCCGCCUCUGCCUGGGUCUGUGGGGGCCAAAUAUACACCCCUAGGGCCAUUUGUUGGUGAGAACACAAAUGCACUUGGCCUGAGAAAUGGGAUCAGCUGGGCUCAGGCCUGUGGAGGCCUCAGAGCUGCUGUUUUCUUUGUUAAACUGGUCCAAAGUUUGAGAAAGCCCAAGGGGCCCAAGGAGGUAAAGAUUAAGAGCUGAAGCGCAUUUAGAUAUCUGAAAACCACAGCCGCCUGCACGUGGGAGGUGCUGGAGAGCAGCCUUGGCGCACACGCCCCCUCUCUCUGGGUCACCUGGGAGCACCGGCAGCAAUUUGGGAGUCAGCUGCACUUGAGAAGCAAUUUGGGAGUCAGCUGCACUUGAGAAGUCUUCUUUGGAGAGGGCUUGCUCUGAGCACACCCUGUUCCCUCCCCCUGGCUGAGGGAAGCAUGCGAUCAGCCCUGCCCCAGCCUGUCCUCAUUGGCUGGCAUGAAGCAGAGGGGGCUUUAAAAAGGCAAAUGUGUCCACGCUGGGGACUGAAGCCUGUGCUACUCGAGGCUGGGUGCCCUCCUCCAGCUGGCACCAUGCAGCUUUCCCUUGCCUUGUGUCUCGUCUGCCUGCUGGUACAUGCAGCCUUCUGUGUGGUGGAGGGCCAGGGAUGGCAGGCCUUCAAGAAUGAUGCCACGGAAAUCAUCCCCGAGCUGGGCGAGUACCCGGAGCCUCUGCCAGAGCUGGAGAACAACAAGACCAUGAACCGGGCAGAGAAUGGAGGGAGGCCUCCUCACCACCCUUUUGAAACCAAAGACGUGUCCGAGUACAGCUGCCGCGAGCUGCACUUCACCCGCUACGUGACCGACGGGCAGUGCCGCAGCGCCAAGGCGGUCACCGAGCUAGUGUGCUCAGGCCAGUGCGGCCCGGCGCGCCUGCUGCCCAACGCCAUCAGCCGCGGCAAGUGGUGGCGCCCGAGCGGGCCCGACUUCCGCUGCAUCCCCGACCGCUACCGCGCGCAGCGGGUGCAGCUGCUGUGCCCGGGGGCGGCGCCGCGUGCGCGCAAGGUGCGCCUGGUGGCCUCGUGCAAGUGCAAACGCCUCACCCGCUCCCACAACCAGUCUGAGCUCAAGGACUUCGGGCCCGAGGGCACACGGCCGCAGAAGGGCCGGAAGCCGCGGCCCCGCGCCCGGGGCGCCAAAGCCAACCAGGCAGAGCUAGAGAACGCCUAUUAGAGUCCGCCCGGAGGGUGCCCCCGACCGGGCGCUCCAGGUUUCCGUCCCCCGUGCGCGGUUUGAUUGUUUGUAUUUCUUUUUAAAUGCCUGCAUCCCAGGGCAGUGGGCCGAGACCUUCCGGCCUUGGCAGAAGGUAGCCAGGCCCUGUAGAUAUGGGCGCCAGCCAUGCCCUCUUCUCCCUGCCCUCUGAGCGGGUCCGCAGGACAGGGGAGUCACAGACACUGAGCCACGCAGCCCCACCCACCGGGGCUGCCUACCUUUGCUGGUCCCACUUCAGCAGAAGAGGCAGAAAAGGAGGCAUUUCACUGCCCAGGGGUUUUAAGGGAACAGUGGGAAAUGAGAAAAGUCUGGGGACUGGUUAAGAAAGGUCGAUAAGAUUCCCCUUCCUAAAGGCCAGUCCUAAAAGCCUUUAAGUGCCUGUGCCAAGAAUGCAGGACUGGGGUCUGUAGAUAGAGUUUCUAGUUCCUGCUCUGCCACUAACUUGCUGGGUGAUCUUGGACCACACUCUUUUUCUGGACCUUAAUUUCCUCUUUGUAGAAUGGAAGUGGGGGUGGGAUUAGGAUCUGGGGGAAUCUACUGUCAUAUCCCAAGGAUUCGGGUGUGCUUUGAAUGGGCAGAGGAUAGAGAGACGUUAGAUGGACUCCCUGCCAUGGUGGCUUCCAGAAUUCAGAGUUGUAAUCCUCUGAUCUGACAGCCAAAGAUGAAAAACAAGCCGGAGAAAAGAAGAGUCUAUUUCUGGCUGACAGACCCCUGGAAGGAGCUGUGCUGUCUUCCAGCCUGCCUUGCCCAGAGGUCAUUUGGCUACCUCCAACCCUCUAUCUCAAAGGAUGUAGAAACAAUAGCAUUAGUUGGAGUAGAGAAAGACAAGGUCCCCAAGGGUGGAUGGAGAGACAGAACCUCCCCCUGCCCAUUUCAAAGAGCAGCAACCUCCUUCCCCUAUGGCCAAAUUUUAAAGUCAUCUUCUGCAGAGUAGCGCAAGGUCCCAGGACAAUGGACUCACAGGUCAAGGGAGCAGCCAUCACUCCCAUUCAAAGACCAGCAGAUCCCUUCCAAGGCACCUCCUCCUGCCUACCACUCAUGGACAUACUUCUGUCAAGAAAAUAGAAAUAGCUUCUUACUGCUGUUACGUGUGAUGGUGUAUCUUACAUUAAAACAGUAUUACUGGGUUAAAAAUUACAAGUGCUGUACAUAUGCUGAGAAACCUCAAAGCCUAAUAGCUACCAUCCGGAAAUCUGUUUGAAAGUCGUCUCCGGACACCUCUUACUUUCUGUGGUAGUUUUAAUCAUUAAAAAAAAAACAAAAAACACCUUUUUUUUAAACAGAAGCACAUGCCAUGUGAAAAGCCUGCCAGGCUGGUCGUUUUCGCGAUCCUUUCAUAUGGGAUUGGUCCAUAGGAAUGAAAGUAGUGGUUUUGAAAGAGUUAAGUUGCAUAUUUAUUUUCCCACUUAAGUUAUUUAUGCAAAAGUUUUUCUUGUAUUAAACAAUGUUAAUAUUGCUUUAUGAAAUACCAGUCUGUUCUUUCAGAACCCAGAGGCAUUGUUAAUAAAGACAAUGA